AUGGCCCUCGCCCGCCUCUGCCAUGAUGCCGUUCGGAUGGAAACAUCUCCGAUGAAACCCUUACUUUCUGCAAUCCCGGACUAUCCACGUAGCUCAACCUGGUUCACCGCAUUCAUUGUAGACCACAAGCUGCGAGCAAACAGCAGCGACGAAAGCAAACGAGUCGCAGCCGAGCUGGCCAAGCUGCAUAUCGAUGCGCAGAUUCUUGAACUCGAUUGGGCUGCGCUGGACAUUGACAAUCCGCGCUCCCUCACAAAUUUGGAGUCCAUUGCGCGAAGGCUACGGUAUCGGGCGAUUGGGAAAGCGUGCGCGAGUCACGGCAUUGGAUCGUUGCUUGUUGCGCAUCAUGCGAGAGAUCAGGCCGAAACGGUUUUGCUGCGCAUUCUGACGGAGUAUUUGGGGAGUGGAUUGGGAGGCAUGCGGAGCUGUGCUGGGAUACCGGAGUGCAGAGGAAUUUAUGGCGUGGAUCAGUCAGGGUCCGGGAGGCUGAUCACUACUGGAGGCGAGGCAAUGGUGGUGGAACAAGGAGGCGUGACGAUCGCACGACCAAUGUUGUCUUUGCGGAAAGAAGAGCUGGUCGCCUUUUGCGAGGAGAGCAGUGUCAAAUGGUUCGAGGAUCCGACGAAUGCCGAUCCAACGCUGACGAUGCGGAAUACCGUUCGGUCGCUACAGGAGAAGAAUACUCUGCCUGUUGCUCUGCGAGCGGAUCGAAUUCUGGCAUUGGCUGACAACAUUAAUCGCCGGCGUGUCGAUGUGGAGCGGACGGUGGACGAAAUCUAUUCACGGACGAAAAUCACGCUGGAUAUCCGAAUGGGUGAGGCUACAGUGAGACUGCCGGAAGAGAUGCAGUCGCACUCGAGCAGUGUGCAGGCCACUGUUUUGCGCCGACUGCUUGAGCUAGUCAGCCCCAAAGACAAUGUCGCCGUGUCGCAAAUCGCACAAACGGCAGAAGCCCUCUUCAACGAACGAGAUGCGGAGAGAAGCGCUUCGACAAGGAGCUUCCAGGUAGCAGGCGUGCACAUCGAACGGAGCAACGGCCAAUUACCUCGAGUGACACUCCGCCGAGCUACGCCUUCAGCUGCGGAACGCGAGACGCAGCAAAUCACCCUGUCCUUCGACAGUGCAGGCUGGUCGGAAUGGCACCUCUGGGACGGGCGAUGGUGGAUCCGCAUCCAACCACCCGCACGACUAGAUUCUACUGCUUCAAUUCGAUUUCUGACCAAGGAAGAUCUACACGCUGUCCGACGGCGUCUCGACAAGGAAGAUCGACGGCUGCUGGACAAGAAAUUGGAGCGUGCCAAGGGUUUGCAGAGAUUCACUUUGCCGGCGAUUAUCUGCAACGAAGGUUCACCCCAAUCUGCCGACGGCAAGCAGGUUGAAGUCGUUGCACUGCCUUCGCUCGGCUGGCGCUGA